CUUUGAAAAAAAUGGGGGAGAAAUGUCCUACUAUAGAUCGAAAACAGUCGGGGAAUGGCUGGUAUAGUGGUAUGUCCACAUUUACCGUAGGUAGGUAAUUAAAAAUUUGGUUCUCCUCUAUUGGUUUUGUCCACAAUAUACGUGGUUAUAUAUCUACUUCUACUGCUUACGAAUUCAGAAUUUCAAAUAUUAUACUUGAAUGUUUUAUUAUACUUGAAUUCUUCUAUAAAAAAUAGUAGUCUGUAGCUUUAAUAUAAGUAUACCAGGUAAUAGCCAAUAGGUAAUGUUUUGUAUUGAUUUGUGAUUAUCUAACGGCCCUUUAUAAUUCCUAACAUUACCAUAACAACGUGUCAAGACUUGAGGUACCUACCUACCCAUGUCCCAUUGUUAAUAUUAUAUUAGAUGGUGCAGAAACUAUUAAGGAUAGACGGAUAGUUGCUAUAGUUUCAUAUAUUUUGUUAGAUCUGUAUGAUAAAUUCGCUUAUUGCUGUUAAACAAUGCUCUUAUUCUCUAUAAGUAGGUAAAAAUAAUAUAUUAUGUAAUUGCUAUCUAUGCACCUAUAUUAUAUUAUAUUUCACUAAAAAUAGUAAUUUCGUCAUGUCUACUUUAACAUAUUAUACAUUUUAUCAUCUUCCUAAAAAAGAACCAGUCGGACUAUAUAAUAAGAUUGUUCAAGGAUAUCUUCUCAAAUGGUCAAUGAAGGAAUGUUUACAUGUUCAUUAUUACGCGUUCAAUCAAGAAUUUUUACCGGAUGACAUUGACCAGUUUGCAUUGGAUUUCUUUCGGGACUAUAACGUAGCAAAAAACGUUCAAGCAAGUUUCAGCCAAUUUGUCGGAAGCGACGUAGCUAAAGUGCAGACCGAAUCCAUUCCCUGCAACGUCACUUCGAUGACAUUCUUCGACAGGCUCUUGGACCCAAACAAAGGCAUCGUCAGCUGCAGCGGCUCUGGCGACGACGAUAACCACGCGAUACGCCAGUGUAUGGAAGUGUUCAAAGAUGGCAUGUACAUUUCAAAUAAGCUGAAAAUGAUGUUGUUUGAAAACGAAUGCGAAGAAUAUUUUUUAUACAGCGAAGACGAGCGCUCAGAAUUCAUGUUUCGGCUGUUGCAGCAUUUCUCUACCGGUGGCCAAUGGUGUCAAGACGAUGUAGUUAUCGAACCGUACUUGAAUGCAAUGAAAUACGUUUACAAAGAUCUACUCGCUGUCGAAAAAAUUCCCGGCUCCGGAAUACAAGUCUCGUCCAAGGUGUACAAAGUCGUCGCUUUCGAUUCUAACAACACAGUUUUAUUCCCAAAAGAGUGCAGAAAUCUCAUACCUUAUAGUUUCGCUUAUUUAGCAGUAAAUCCUAAGACUCGGACUGUCGCAUUAUUUUUUCAUAAUGUCGGUGACACAAUUUAUACUUGAUAAAAUAUAUUCUUUACUUAUUCGUUGUUCACAAUUGUUUUUUUUAAGAUUUCAUGUUUGGGGGUGUAUAGAGUUAAAAUAACAUAAAUUCACAUAUUUACUGAUUAUUUGUGUUAUACUAGAAAUUCGUUGGUCCAAACUGGUGUAAAAUUAUCCCCAUAUUAUCCAAGUGUGGGAUAAUGAACGAUGCACAACAUAUGGUGCAAACAUCCCAGUUUUAUUUCACUCAGGUUUGAGCGAGCGAAUUUCUAGAUGGUUUAUAAUUGGUAAACAAUAAAGGAAUAUUCACCACUUACCUAUUACAAUAAGUAGAAAUUUAGUUUGGGUUGUGAGCUGUAAUUUGUAUUAUUAUUUAUUUGUAAGUACUGAAGUAAUAAAGUGGGGUCAUCUUAAUAUGAUAAUUGAUAAUUAAUUAGAUCCAUUGAGGGGUUGACUAUAAACAAUUAUGUUGUCAUUACUCAUGAAACUAAUUUCCUGAUUAUAUUAACUAAUGAUCACAAUAAGGCAUUAAGUGGUACUCACUACACACUAUGUUU